AUGUUGCGUGCUGCUACGAAAGAGUCGGUGCGUAGUGGAGCAAAAUGGGUUCGCUCGAAUUCGACCGGACCUUCUCCCAUUCCUCCACCGAUCCCUUCGCGAACUACUGGCAAAAGCGGGAGCGGUCUGAAGUGGAUGCUCGGACUAACGACGGUUGCUGCGGGAGGAACAAUUGGAUACGCCUAUUAUGAUCCCGAGUUCCGAAACAAAGUGGAGACAACGAUCCCUCAAACGAAAGAUGUAUUCAAUGCGAUCAUUGGGAAACCACAUCAUAAGAUUGCUCUACCAGCUGCUCCAGUAUCAACUUUACAACCUGCUGCAAUUAAGUCGAAAGAAAAAGUGUUACCGCCACUAGAAGUCCACAAGCCGCCACCAGUUGCCAAGAAACCGGCGGUUGAAGUGGAUGCAGUUGAUGUUCACAAGAAAAAUGCCGAUCUUGUGCAUACUAAGCCCAGCGAAGAGCUUGUGAAGAUUAGAAAUAAACAACUGGAGAAUCGGCUGAUUGCUGCCUUACGAGCUGCUGAAACACAUGUGCAAACGGCUAGUGAGGCGAAAUUGCAAACGAUUCGGGCAAUCAACGAUCAUGCAGCCUGUUUGAAGAAAACCGUUGAUGAUGGACCUAACGCUGAUUGGGAAAAAGUGACGCAAGCGUUGCAAAGAGCUGAGGGACUGUCGGCGGUUGAUACAAGAACGGAAGUCGAUGGACGGAAUCAAAUUGACGUUUUGAGAACAGUGAUUUCUGAAGGAAAAUCCGAUCAAAGCACCCUCGCCAAUCCUCUCCUUAUCAAUGCUACGGAGUCCGCUAACAAAUUCCAACAUCAACUCGACGAAUUAAAUAACUUGGUGCACAAGGCACGACAAGAAUCGACAAUUCUAAACCAAUACAAAGAAUUGAUUGCUCGUUCUCGUCAACAAUUUGCUCUUGAAGUAAAGAGUAUUCUGCCGGCUGUAGACCUUGAAGCAAAGGGAAAGAAUUUAAAUGAGGAUGAGCUGAAUGCGCUGAUUGCUCACGCACAUCUUCGAGUUGACCAAUUGAGGAGGCAACUGACUGAGCAACAGCUCCGAGAAGAACAGCACAUCGCUAAAGCCAUAGAACAACAAAGAGUGGCCGAUGAAAAAAUUGCUCAAGAAACGCUACAUAUCGAACUACAGCGAGUGGAGGCACAAAAGGAUGUGGAAGUCGAGAAACAAGUGCUGUCGACUCGUUCAAAUUGGGAGGUAGAACUUGAGGAUCGCUUGAAGAGAGCCGCUGGAGCGCAUUCUGAACAUCUUGAACAAGUGAUUCGCACUCAGCGUCAACUCUUCGAAAUCGAACACAAUCAGAAAGUUGAAGAGGCAGUUCUUAUCGAGCGAUCGCAUCACACAAAAGCUGUCGGGCAGGCUUUGUCAAGAUUAGAAGGAAUUGAAACUGUGCUGAAUAGUCGUGUUGCUUUGGACGCGGAAAAUCGACGCUCAAAACAGUUUUGGAUUGCAUGUCACAAUUUGAUUGACACAAUUGUUCACGGAAGAAAAGCUGGAGCAACAAUGGAUGAACGAAGAGCGCCACUUGGAGACAAUUUGAAAGUGUUGGAAGAGGUCAACCCAGAUGAUAAUUUCGUUUCGACGAUCAUCCAUGCAUUCCCCGAUCAAGCUACAUCAAAUGGAGUGUACACAGAAUUGGACUUGAAGAGUCGAUUCAACAAAUUAUAUCGAUCUGGACGUCGAACCGCCUGGGUGGAUGAAAAUGGGGGAUCGCUAUCCAAGUACACUUGGUCAUAUAUCCGAUCUGUGUUGAGCCUUGAAUUGCCCUACAACUUCAGAAAGGAUGAUAAAUUUGACCCAGUGGUUAUUGACAAUCUUGAGGUGCUUUCUCGGGCGAAAUGGUAUGUCGAGCAAAACGAUUUUGCUUCAGCUAUAAAGUUGCUUCAUUUGUUGCAGGGUCAACCCCGAUUGCUGGCUCGCGACUGGAUCGUGGAUGCUCGGACCCAUUUGGAGACUCGCCUUUUGGUCGAGCUCCUUAUUAGUCACGCCGCGAUCCAAUCGAUUCGCAGCACCUAC